UCUCCUGAUGCUCCUUCAAGGCUGUUUGGCGCAGCACACCAGCUUUGAUCUCCCCGAGUCGGAGGAAGCCACACUGGGUGAACCCGCCACCCUGCCGGCAGCCUACUCUUCAAAAUACAGCAUCAUUUCCAUAACCUGGUCCCGAGUAGUGGAGAGCCCUUCAGCAUCUGACAAGCGGAGCACAGUCUUCUCCCAUGUUCCUCUGGCGAACCUGAGCAGAGCAUACGGGCGGUACGCUGGGAGAGCGCGGCUAGUCGGAAGGGCUUCUCUACGAAUCGAUCCAACAAAAAUCGAGGAUGCAGGAACGUAUUCACUGUCAAUAAUGACCGGUGAACUAGGAAAUGAAGAGAAAUUCAUUCAUCUGGAUAUACUUGUUCCCCCAACUGUAGUGGUCGGACCCAGCGACCCUUUCUUCACAACAUGGGGGACGUCGGCAACUUUGACAUGCGCAGUAAAGGACGCGAGGCCCAACAUCACCUCUCUUCACUGGGAGAAAGAUGGCGGCCGAAUUGAGACCAGGGGAAUAUCUGGGAAAUAUUCGGGAGGAAAUGCAAAAAUUCCAUCAUUGACAAUUCGUCACGUCAGCAGAUCCGAUGCGGGGACUUAUACCUGUCUUGUACAGCACGUGACACGACCAGCCGCCGCCAGUCUACUGAUGGAAGUAUUCUACCCUGCCUCUAUCAUCAGCAUAUCAGACCCAAAAGAGGUUUCGUUAGAAGACCACGUCACAUUCCGCUGUGUGGCUGACGGGAACCCCCCUCCGAACAUCACGUGGUCAAAGUCAGGCCGGCCUCUGUGGGCACACGUCUACACAAUAUCCAAUGACGUCCGGACCAGUUCCCUUGUGCUGUAUAGUGUAAAUGAAAGCAGUAGUGGGUAUUAUACGUGUACUGCCAGCAAUGGUGUGGGCAAAAGGGCAGAGAAAUCAACAAAUCUCGGCGUCCUUGUUCCAGAGCGCCAGAUGAGUUUAACGACGUUCUCGACCAUUGCAACCAUCAUUGGGGCUUCUGCAGGAGGUCUCUGGCUGGUCAUUUGUGUCACGCUGGCAGGGUAUCUCGUCAAUCGCCAACGUAGAAAGCGAGAAGAGAGGAAAAAGUUUGCCUUUUACUAUGAUGCUAGUUUGACAAGAAGAAGCCUUUCUGCCGAACCAGACGGUAAAGAGAGUUCUACAAAUCUCCCAGGCAAGGCUAAUAGACUAACAGCAGGUGAUCGCGGAAUAGCAACAAUGAGGAGAGCACAGGGGAAUGAUAGGAAAUACGCUAAAGUCAUCUACGACUACAAGCCGCGGGAAGACAACGAGCUGAAAAUGGAAGUCGGUGACAUUGUAGAGAUACUGGAGGGUGAAGAGGGGAGCUGGUGCCUGGGGUAUCUGAAAGGACGGAUGGGACUGUUUCCUUCAAACUAUGUUUGUUUCGUACCGAUGGCAGAAGUGUCGCCAGCCACGUCACUGUACAUCCAUUGCGCGACAGACGAAGACAUUAAGCCUGCGAACGGGAACCUAUAGUCCAAGAAGGUUGUCUCAACAGGACAUCUUUCAGUGCUGGAUUUCACCACAUGUCGACAAGCCAUCUGAUCUCAUGAGAUUAUAGCUGCUCAUUAUUUGCAAAAG